AUGUAUUUUCGGGAAAGAAGAACCUAAUCUAAUCAGAAAUAAUAUUAAGGUUAUGAGGAUGCCAAAGUUUAAUUAGACUUAAUUGAUAAAUUCAUAAAUCCAUCUUAUGAUAUCCCUAUGAGUCAUCAACCUAGUCAAAAAAGUGGAAUAAGACAAUUAAACCAAAUGGAUAAAUCAUUUUAAUUACAAAAAGUAAUACCAUUCCCUGAAGAAAAAUUAAAUCAAGAAGUGGCUCAAAUGUAAUAAGCAUUAGAUAAAUAAAGUCAAACACUCAAACGACUUUUAAAAGAAUAAAAAGAAGUAACAUUAUAAAUGGAUAAUCAAGAUUAAUAGAACUCAAAUUUUAAAGCAAGAACUUGAUCAUCUUAAAACUCAAGUCCAAACUCUUCAUCUUAAAUUGCCAAAGCUUCCCCAAUAAGAACAAUUAUAUGAAAUAAAACAUGAAAUUAACUCAUUGAGAUAUACAUUUUUCCAACAAGUUCAAUAACCUUAAAAACCUAUUAUAUAACCACCUUAGAUUAUUUAUUAACAAUUACCAUAACCCAUUUCAUAAUAAUCAUUUUUAUAAGCCUAUUCUCCUUAUAAUUAAUAAUAUCUACAUUCUGGAUCUUAAUAAUUAUAUCAUCCUAAUCAUUAUGUAAUGAAUCCCUAUAAACAUCCAUACAACCCUGAUUCUCAAAGAUCCAAAUAAAACUCAGAAGAAAAACGCUCAAACUCAACUUCUAUAGGUAAAAUAAAAGUAAAAACUAAAACCAAAACUUAAAAUUCUGUUUCUCACUUUACUAAUUCAAAGAGAAGUAGUCGCCAUUCCAUUCCUUUAAUUUCUAAAGGAUCAAAUUAAUAAACUAAAUAAAGCUUUUUUAUUGAUGUAUUUUUUAAAUUUAUUUAUAGAAUAAUGACUUUCAAUAAUUUAAAAAAUUAGAAAACUCUAAAUUAAGAAAUGUAUUCAAUUUUGUGAGAUUUGCUAUGAGGUGGAAAAUAUACUGUAAACCCAAUAAAAUCUAUUGGAGAAAACUAUAUAAACAUUAAGCAUAAUGUAAAGCUAUUAUCUAAAAAACAUCAUAUCCAGUAGCCUUAAAAAGAAUCAAGGAUUGGUGUAAAAUGGUAUUAGCUAAAGUAGAUAAUUAUUUAAGCAAAAUUAAAGAAAUUGAUUUUAUUGUAAAUUAUAUAUCAUUAUCUUAGAAUCCAGAUAAACCAUUAACAGAAAAAGAAAUUGAUUAAUCAUAUAUGUAACUUACUAUUUCAACUAAAUAUUUAAUGUCAAGUUUACUAACCUAUUGUACAAGUGAUUUUAUGAUUCCAGAACUUAAAUUUCUAUCCUACUUGUAAUUUUUUGAUUAAACCAAUAUUGACAGAGGCAUAUUUAUAUCAAAAAGAGUAUUAUUUUGGAAAGAAACUUAACUUGAUAUGACUAAAACUCAAUAAUAGAUGAUUGUAGGGGAUUUAAUUAUACUCGUACAUAUACUACCUGCUUUAAUGGAAAUUUAAGGUUCAUAUUUUCUUAUUAAAUGUAUGGUAUCAUUAGUAUAAAUGCAUUUUAUGAAAUAUUUUGACCUUAAAAUAGUAAAUCCAAAUCCAAAUUAUAGAUUAAUCUAAUUAAAUUUAAUAGAAUAUCUGAAUGGAAAAUUAACAGUGAAAUUGCAAAAAGUUGAAAAUCUUGAAGAUGAGAGAUACAUAAUCGGAAUAUAUGAUGAAUAUUAAUUCCAAGGGUUUUUUUAAAAAAGGCCUAAUUUUCAAGAUGAUAUGUAAAAAGCUCUUUCGGAAAUACAUACUAAUUUAUUAUAAGCAUUAAUUUCUAAAUGA